GAAAACACAUUUCUUUGUCGCCGACACAAGGGGUGAUUCCAUGUGAUGAACAGUGAAGCAAAACGAAGAAUGCCUCUGUAAAGAUUUGAUAUAGAAAUAGCAAAUGGCAUGGUAGAUGCAUCUACAAGAACUUUGAACUCUUUUGAAGGUAAAGGUAUAGCCUAUAGCAGAAAGGAAUAAAGCUAGAGAGAGAGAGUGGCAGAAACGUGUAUUUGUGGGUUACUAAAGCAACCAUCUACUUCUCUCUUUUCUCUCUCUUUCCCCAUAACAGAACCAAAAAAGCCGUGGCUGGUGCAGAGUAAAAAGAGAAUGGCACCCCUCCAUGGGUUUUUCUUCAAAGUAUCUACUUCGUGACUGAUGCUUAUGUAGAAAGAAAUAGAAGACUGGAUAGAUCUCUCUUGAAGCUUUCAACUUGAAUAUGGGAACCAUUGCACCUGAUUUAGAGGCGAGAGGCUCAGAAGUUUAUUCUUCUUUGGGUCUUAUUGAGUUGGCUAAGGUUCCCGGAUGCCAACCUCGUGUGUUGUCGGUCCUUUCUUCACUUUUGGAGAGAUCUGUUCAGAAGAAUGAAAAGUUACUGGGGACUACACAAAAGAAAGAUUCAGUUACAAUAUUUCAUGGUUUAAGGGCACCCAGUCUGAGCAUUCGACAGUAUGUUGAUCGCAUUUUCAAGUACUCAAGCUGCAGCCCUUCCUGCUUUGUUGUUGCUUACAUCUACAUCGAGAGAUUCAUACAACGGACAGAUGUUCAUCUCUCUUCCCUCAAUGUUCACCGCCUUGUAAUUACAAGUGUGAUGGUAGCAGCAAAAUUUAUUGAUGAUGCCUUCUACAACAAUGCCUAUUAUGCAAAAGUGGGAGGAGUAAGCACUGCAGAGAUGAAUAGCUUGGAGACGAAGUUCUUGUUCAGUCUCGACUUUAGACUUCAUGUAACUGUUGGGACUUUUGAUAGGUAUUGUCUGCAGUUGGAGAAAGAAGCUAGCGGGGGUUACCAGAUUGAGAGGCCGAUACAAAUUUGUGGGUUGAAAGAAAGCUGGCCAAACAAAGAUGAGCCUAAACAUGCAGCUGCAUUAGCAAGAUACAGUUGUUGAGCUAUGAUCAUGUAAUGUCACACCCUCUCAGCUUUGCAGAAAAUUGUCAUUUACACUAGGAGAUAGGGAUGUUUAAUAUGUUUGUAUGAUAGCCACAAAUAACAGAUGCUUCUUGUGGAAGAUCAAGUGAUUGUUGCUUCUUCUAGCCGCAUGUAUUGGAUGCUUGUUGUGGAAGAAUUGAGUGCUUACUGCUUGCUUCUAUUGGUGAUUUA